AAAACAAUUUUUUUCAUCAAAAAUGCUCAAAAACAACCAAAAAUCCACUGCCAAGCCACCCGACGAGGUAUGUCCUGAAAAACAACCUGUGCAGGCCAUUCAAAUACAGGACACCAAGUACAUGGCCUGCGAUCUAAGGAACAGAGGUCCUGAAAAGUGCCAGAGCUGUCUCGAAAACUUGGGCCCCCAAACCUUGAAGAUUUAUGCUAAUUCUAGAAACUAUCUGGCCUGCGAGGUUAAGAGGUCCUUGCCCGACAAUCUCCACAAAACGCAUCUAAAGCCUGAGCCAUUAAAUGCAAAGGACACGGACCAUUUAUGGCAUUGGAAUAACUUAAAAAAAUGCCCCCCACACAUUUUUCCAAAAUGCCCCCCAGUGUCCAAAACUCUAAAAACAAAAGAAAAAAAUGUGGGCUUAAACUGCGUGCUAAACUGCAUUCCGCCAGAGCCCUUCGCACCUGAGAUCGUCAGGAGUGCCGUUCUUAAGGAAACAAAUAAAUAUCGGAAAAUGCACUGUGCCUGUGUUCUGAAAAUGGAUGAGGAUGUGACGAAGCAUGCGCAAGAAUGGGCAGAUCACUUGGCCGCCAAUAAUCUUUUGGAAACGCGACCCCUUCCCACAUACGGUGAGAAUAUUAUGUGUGCCCGCAAGGAUCUUUUCUGUGUGAAAAAAUUAUUGAAACUUUGGUAUCAAGAAAAGUAUCACUAUGAUUAUUUGAAACCCGGUUUUGGUCUUUAUACAGGGCACUUUACCCAAAUGGUUUGGCAGAGUAGUCAAUACCUUGGCGUUGGCGUGGCUUCAGAUAAGACUCAUGUAUGGUUAGUUUGUAAUUACCAUCCAGCAGGAAAUAUACGACGAUUUUUUAAAAUAAAUGUCCUUCCACGAAAAUUGUUUCUCUCGGAGUCUGAUAUGGAAUCCACACAUCCAGAAAAUGAAGAAAAUAAAGGACCGUGUAAAAAUUCUAAAUAUUACUUAUAAAGCCAAAAAAGUAUAAUAUUGUAUGAUUUAUUUCAA